AAACAGUGGGACGGAUUAUUUGUUCACAUAUUUACUUCUGGUCUGUAAAUCUGUGAACAAAUUUACAGAAAUAACUAGCGAGCUCAAAUAACACGUGCUCUUGUCUGUCUUCAUGACGCAGCACAGGCCUCUUUUUUGCCUUCCGGCUCUCUGUCCGAAGUCAUGUGACUAGACACUAUGGAAACCAAGUGGGCGAGUCUGUUGCGGAUUUUAGAAGUCCAGUGGGAUCAUUUAUGCAUCCUACAUUUAAACUGACGCUGGGACUUCGAGGAGGAAACCCCGGCCCUGUUCUUUGGACAUUACCGUCCCUGUUAACGCGUUUUGCGGACAGCACACUGCGGUCACACAACUGUGACAGGGCCGUAAAGAAACGUGUAAUGAUGUCCUCAGUGGACGGAGAGCGCUUCAUGUAUUUUGCCUUUGGAAGUAAUUUGUUAAAGGAGAGACUGAAGCUGGAGAACCAGUCUGCGAUAUUUCACACAAUAGGUCGAUUGAAGGAUUAUAAAUUAAACUUUGGCCUGUGGGAGAAAUAUGUGGACAGCGGUUGGCAUGGUGGAGUGGCCACCAUUGAGUUCUGUCCAGCCGCAGAAGUGUGGGGGGUGAUUUGGGCUUUGAACAACAAACACCUCACAACCCUGGACAUGCAGGAAGGUGUGAACCUGGGGAUAUAUUCACCUCUGGAAGUGUCAGUGGAGACUGACAAAGGACUCAUCCUCUGCAGGACCUAUCAGAUGAAUAACUUCCAUGCCUGUCCUCCCUCUCCUCAGUACAAAAAGGUGGUGUGUCUUGGUGCUGAGCAGAAUGGCCUCCCAGUGGAGUACAGGAAGUGCCUGGAAGUCAUUGAAACCAAUAACUACAGUGGUCCCUCACUCCUUGAUCAAAUCACAACUAUCAAGUAAUUUAAAAGUGUAUUCUUUAACUGCAAGACAAAGAAUCAGGAAAAAACUGUAGGCAUUAGGGCUUGUUUUUUAGUUUUAACUGCUUUUGAGUUGUCAAUUUAAAUUAUUGUAAAGUUAAGUAUUUAAUCUCAGAAUUGUUACAAUGAAGGAUCUAAAUGUUUGAAAUCACAUGACGGCAGAAAGCAUUUCUGUAUUCCUCAGGUGAACAUUAAACAGAUGAAGAAUACUAAAA